GCAAGUCUUGCGCAAAGGCUUAACUAACAGUUGUUUCCCAUGUGACCUUAUUUGCUUAAUUGCUACUAUGAGCAGAGCAGAUCUCACCGGCUGCAAUACAGUUUCUGGCAGUUGGCACUUACUGCAGACUUUACAACAGGUUCUCGUAGAACAAGAAAAACUAAAUUCCACAUAUAAGAGAAUUGCAGAGUUGUUCAGUGGAACGACCCACCUUGUCCAUGCGCCAGGCGCUCUUCAGUUCCGGGAUGUUCCCCAAGAAUAAAUUAAGCUCUUAAAACAAUUUCUGUACUCGCAAUUUGUGGUAGCCGCAUUUACUGUAAAAUAUGGGUCCAUCUGAUGCAGGAGAAGAUAGUUCCAUGUUGGACUACAGCUCUACAGAUGGCGACAGUUGUGAGUUCAGAAUAUUGAUGGCCUAUGCACAAAGGACUUUGCCAAUGGCUAAAGCAUCUAAAACUGUUAAAGAAGAAGCACACAUGCCUUUAGUUGAAGAGAGCAGUGGGAGUGCAUCAAAAGUUGAAUUACAUCAAACAGACAAAAUCCAAUUUGAUGGAAAAGUGAAAAGUCAUGCUUGUAAAGUCAAACACAGGAGAAAACCGCUAUGGAAAAGGAUUCCAUGCUUACGAGGAGAAACCGACAAAUCUGACAUUAAUUUGAAAGAGCAAGGAAUGAAGGAAGAGGAUAAGAUGGAAUGCAAAUCUUCACAUGAAUUUGCAGUUCCAGACACCACACAACAAAAUUCACAGCUUUCUGUUAAUGAUCAGGUUGCUGAAAUGUUGCAGGAGAUUAUGAACUCCAAGAUGCAGAAAGGUACCUUCCGGGUGCUUCGUUCCUGUAGUUUGGAAGUUGAUGGAGCUGAAGAUCAUCAGAAAGCCAUAGACCAGAUUAUUGCAAUAUUGACCACCGAAGGAGACCAUAUAAAUGAAGAAAUUAAAAAGGACCCCCAGUUUAGCAAACUAUUAGGUGAAAACUCAUCUUUUUCAAUUUUUAAAACCAUUAUGGAUUCUGUUCUUGAAGCAACCUUGCCUGCAGAAACGAAUUCUGAAAUGGAGAGUGAAACAGAAGGAAACUUGAAGAAGAUUGCCUUUGUUGUACAUGCGACCACUAGGUUUGCAGCUGCUGGUCAUCACCCAAUGGCUCGAAUUAUGGGUUUUGGUGCAAAGUAUUUGCAGGAACACUAUGCUACUUGGGUCAUGCAGAAUGGAGGAUGGGAAGAGUUAAUCAAGGCAAAGAAUACUAACUGACUGCAAGAUGCCCAUCUGUCACGUUUCCAAGCCAGAAUUUUGACUUGUAUUUCUCAGUCUGGUUCACAUUUUGAUAAUAAAUUAAUGUGAUGUGA